AUGGAACUUGACCAAAACGGGGUAUUAAUACAUAAGAUUGACACCAAUGGACAGCCUGAUUGUCUCAAAGUCUUUCCUCAUGACCUAUUUGAAGAUGAUACAUUAAAAGGCACCUUUCUUGCUGCAACAUACAACUACGACUCAGCUUCCAGAAAACGCAGCGGCAGUAUAAUCGCAUUCAAACCUUGCCGUGCAUUGGAAACGUUGUUGAAGAGAGAUAACGAACACGAUAACAAUGCACUAAAUUUUUCGAUAGCACAGCAUGACCUACCAGGAGUGCUAUCAUGCUCAUGGAUAAGGACGCAAGAUCAUUACGCGGCAGCUUGCGUCACGGCGAAUCUCUCGAUUAAUACAUUGCAACUUGCUACUGAUACAGACGAGAAUCUCUCUUUUAAAGCUAUCGAUGAGAUAAGUCUGGACCCUCAGAGUGACGCAGUUGGAUUGUCGCUAAGUUGUCACGAUGACGGCUUAAGUUUGUGUUCGGUAACGGCAUCAGAUGGAAACGUAUACAUUGUUGAAGAUGGUAUUGUGACGCAAAAAUGGAAAGCACAUGAUGUGGAAACGUGGAUUAGCGUAUUUCAACCAGACAACACAAAUAUACUGAUGACGGGGGCUGACGAUAGCUCAAUUAAAGUCUUUGACAGAAGGGAAGGUACAGCGCCAGUUCGUAGACUCAACCAUAAUUCAUCCGGAGUAACCGCUCUGCAGUUUAACAAGCGGAAUACCAAUCUACUUUACACCGGAAGCUUCGACCGUCAACUUAUGCGAUUCGAUAUGCGCAAUAUGAAUAUGCCAAUAUCGACAUCUCAACUUGACGGAGCAGUGUGGUUCAUGGAUUUUCUCGAUGAGGAUACCGUACAUAUCGCAGGGUGUUACGAUGGAGCAUUUGCUUACACAUCGGACGAACAAGGAAAUCCCAAUAAACUAGUAAAAAGAAUUGCACCAAAUGACGCUUUGAUAUACGGAGCAGCCCACAUAAAGCUCUCUAGUACUACAGUGUUCGCCUCCUGCAAUUUUUAUAAAAAGGAAAUAUUAUUUUGGUGCUAG